CUACGUAGUAGACUAGGCGGGCUUAUCGAUAAGAGCUUUUGGGAGUUGACACAUGUUAUCGCGGGGGAUCUAUCAGCAGCCUUCGUAAACUUGGGGAAGGUCCCGACAUUGACGAACGCGACUUUUUGAACCUGGGAGACGCGCUGGGAUAUCUCUUGCCCUUGGAGAUACUACAAAUACUACGACUGAGACGCGCGACUUGAGAUGGACUUCCUCAAGUCCGCGGUGGCGUCGGCCAUUGCCAGCGGGCCCCCUUUCCCAUACAGCUUUGGCGAUCGUGUCGAUGUCGACGAAUCUAUCUGGACACUGCACAAUGGCACGAGGAGGGAAGACGGUUCGAACUGCAGCAUCUUUGCGUUCGAUAUUCCAAACAACAGGGCUCGAUUACCGUUGGCCAAGAAUGCGCUCAAGAAGAUGAAGACCAUGAGACAUCCCGGUGUGAUCAAAGUCCUUGACACAGUCGAAACCGAAACAUACAUUUACAUUGCGACUGAGCGCGUGACGCCGUUGCGAUGGCACGUCAAGAGGAAAAGCUUGACUCCAGAAACUAUAAAAUGGGGACUCAACGGUGUUGCUCGGACAGUGAAGUUUAUCAACAGUGACGCCGCGUCGAUACACGGCAGUCUGAAAGUUGGCUCGGUCUAUACGUCAGAAAGCGGCGAGUGGAAGCUCGGUGGCUUUGAUGUCCUGAGCAGCGUCAAAGACGACGAGUCUAUUAUUUAUACAUAUGGUGGUCUGGUGCCAGAUUCGGGUCGAUACUGCCCACCUGAAGUGGCUCAGAAUGGCUGGGAGGUUGUCAAGAAAAAUCCACAGACAGCUGUCGAUGCAUUUGAUUUCGGUGUGCUGAUAUACGAGGUGUUCAAUGGCGACUACACCAGCCAGAGCCAAGCUGGGACUACCAAGAGCGUACCGCCGACAAUGCACGCGAGCUACAAGCGUUUAUGCAAUGCGAAUCCAAAGGCCCGUCUGAGCGUCAGUGCCUUCCUCGAUCAGGGCAGCCGGACCAACUCCUUUUUCGACACUCCACUGAUCAAGAUGACCGAGGGCAUUGACAACUUGGGCGUCAAGUCACCGGAAGAGAGGGAGCAGUUUCUAGACGACCUGGACGCACUUACGGACGACUUCCCUGAGGAAUUCUUCAAGAUGAAAGUGCUGCCCGAAAUGCUCAAAUCGGUCGAGUUUGGAGGCGGCGGUCCCAAAGCACUGGGCGUCGUCAUGAAGAUUUCCGCCCAGCUGUCGAAUGACGACUUUGAGUCCAAGAUGAUACCCGUCAUUGUGCGACUCUUUGGUAACCCUGAUCGCGCCAUCCGCGUGUGCUUACUAGACAACCUACCUCUGAUGAUCGACCGUCUGCCCCAGAAGAUUGUUAACGACAAGAUUUUCCCGCAAAUGGUCACUGGGUUCACGGAUUUGGCACCAGUCGUGCGAGAGCAGACUCUGAAAUCUGUGUUGGUCAUCAUCACCAAGCUUUCGGAUCGAACAAUCAACGGAGAUCUCCUCAAGCAACUCGCGAAAACCGCAAACGACGAGCAACCCGGCAUUCGCACAAACACAACCAUAUGCUUGGGCAAGAUUGCAAAGAACUUGGGCGCAUCAUCCAGAUCAAAGGUCCUCACAGCUGCGUUCACUCGGUCGUUGAGGGAUCCCUUUGUGCAUGCUCGUAACGCAGCUCUCAUGUCGCUCGGAGCUACAGUGGAGCACUUCUCCGAUGAAGACUGCGCGUCGAGGAUACUUCCCGUGGUCUGCCCUUGUCUUCUCGAUAAGGAGAAGCUGGUGCGAGACUCGGCCAACCGGACUAUCGACGUCUACCUACAGAAAAUAAGAAAAGCAGCCUCGGAUCUACCUGAUACAGCGCUGCCGCCGCCACAGGCAGCUGGCGCGGGCGCAGCAGCGCCACGGAUGGCGACCCCCAAGACCGGCGAGUCAUCUGGAUGGACCGGCUGGGCCAUCUCGUCUUUCACGAACAAAUUGUCAUCUGCGGCUGGUGACAUGCAGACCAAUGGCUCUGGUAUGAGCACGCCUGCUCGUGUAGCAUCGCCAAACCCCGAGACCAGAAAGCCUGCCACCGCUUCAGCGUCCAAUCUGCACAGGCAAGCCGUUGCAUCGCCACCCCCAGAGUCAUCACGAGGGGGUUCGCCGAAUCCCAAUGCAGUGGCUCAGGCAUUUCUGCCGGAGGACGAUGGCGAUGAUGCGGGCGCAGCGUGGGGUGAUAUGGGAGACAUGGACGACGACGGCACCGUGUCCACCUCGAACACCUCCACGAAGCCAACGACGCAGACAGCAGCGUCGGCGACACCAUUUGAAGAUGGAGAGCCGGACUUUGCCGCCUGGUUGGCGGAGCGGUCUGGCAAGAAGCCUGGCGCGAAACCGUUGCCCAAGGGCUUGUCAAAGUCAUCGAGUUCCAUCAAGAAGAUAACAACCUCGACGAAACCAACCGCAAAACCAACGAUGGCAAAGAAACUGGACUUGAAACCGAAAGAAUCUGAAGAAGACGAUGCAUGGGGAGACGGCUGGUAAAUGAGCGAUGCGGCGAUGAAGCUGAUGAUGCAUGGACAUGAGCGCAUGGUACGAUCUGGGAAUAGCAUGCUAAUAUAGAGUUCAUUGAACGCGUACUCGGAAUCAAAUCGGCUCGAAUUCAGCAUAUGGUCAAACAAAAUGGUUUCUUAAAAUUGUUCUGUGCGACUGGCCUCUUUGUCUCGAAGACGGCUCGAGCGCUCGGUGGCGCACAUGCCAUCCGCGCUUUGAACAACUCAUACAUUAUACAUCAAGGCGCCGCAGCGCAUUGGCAA